AUGCCUCAUACCCUCCCUGCCUUAUCCCAUCCCUGCCUCAUCCCAGUCCCCGCCUUAUCCCAUCUCUGGCUUAUCUCAUCCCUUCCUCAUCCCAUCCCUGCCUCAUCCCAUCUCUGCCUCAUCCCAGUCCCUGCCUCAUCCCAUCACUUCCUUAUCCCAUCCCUGCCUUAUUCUAUCACUUCCUUAUCCCAUCCGUGCUUCAUCCCAUCCCUGCCUCAUCCCUUCCCUGCCUUAUCCCAUCCCUGCCUUAUCCCAUCCCUGCCUCAUCCCAUCCCUGCCUCAUCCCAUCCCUGCCUCAUCCCGUCCCUGCCUUAUCCCAUCCCUGCCUCAUCCCAUCCCUGCCUCAUCCCGUCCCUGCCUUAUCCCGCCCUGCUGUAUCCCAUCCCUGCCUCAUCCCAUCCCUGCCUCAUCCCAUCCCUGCCUUAUCCCAUCCCUGCCUCAUCCCAUCCCUGCCUCAUCCCAUCCCUGCCUCAUCCCGUCCCUGCCUUAUCCCGCCCUGCUGUAUCCCAUCCCUGCCUAAUCCCAUCCCUGCCUCAUCCCAUCCCUGCCUUAUCCCAUCCCUGCCUCAUCCCAUCCCUGCCUCAUCCCAUCCCUGCCUCAUCCCGUCCCUGCCUUAUCCCGCCCUGCUGUAUCCCAUCCCUGCCUCAUCCCUUCCCUGCCUCAUCCCAUCCCUGCCUCAUCCCGUCCCUGCCUCAUCCCUUCCCUGCCUCAUCCCGUCCCUGCCUCAUCCCAUCCCUGCCUCAUCCCAUCCCUGCCUCAUCCCAUCCCUGCCUCAUCCCAUCCCUGCCUCAUCCCUUCCCUGCCUCAUCCCAUCCCUGCCUCAUCCCAUCCCUGCCUCAUCCCAUCCCUGCCUCAUCCCAUCCCUGCCUCAUCCCUUCCCUGCCUUAUCCCAUCCCUGCCUCAUCCCAUCCCUGCCUCAUCCCUUCCCUGCCUCAUCCCAUCCCUGCCUUAUCCCAUCCCUGCCUCAUCCCAUCCCUGCCUUAUCCCAUCCCUGCCUUAUCCCAUCCCUGCCUCAUCCCAUCCCUGCCUCAUCCCUUCCCUGCCUUAUCCCAUCCCUGCCUCAUCCCAUCCCUGCCUCAUCCCGUCCCUGCCUCAUCCCAUCCCUGCCUCAUCCCUUCCCUGCCUCAUCCCAUCCCUGCCUCAUCCCGUCCCUGCCUCAUCCCAUCCCUGCCUCAUCCCGUCCCUGCCUCAUCCCAUCCCUGCCUCAUCCCAUCCCUGCCUCAUGCCUUCCCUGCCUCAUCCCAUCCCUGCCUUUUCCCAAAUUCCGGCCAUAUCCCAUCCCUGCCUUUCCAGCUCGGCUCCAGCUACUUCCCACGGUUGAUUUUUAAAGACGGAUCGUCAACAGAAAUUGCUGAUUUCCUUUGA